AAAACAAAAUGGAGUCAAGUUGAGUUUACUAACUGUUCCUUUACGAAUAGUUGUGGUGACUCAUUCUUGUUUGAAACUUUCUAACCUAAUUAAUAAUAGUGUUAACUGUGCCUAAUAAAACCGACAAUGAAUUUAAAUCCCCUAAACACUUCUCUCAAUAAUUUUUGCUUACGUUUCAGUAAUUGAUUUGACUGAUCGAAGCUUUAUUCGUCUUGGGCUACCCGUUGGUAGUGAUUAGUGAUCAUGGCUGGUACGUAAAUGUUGUGUAAUUUCACAAUUCCGCGCUCCUUUGGAGUAAAGUGCGCCGCGGUGUGUACCUAGUAAAAGCGAACUCUCAAUCAAUAACUUCUGUUGGACUGGAUAAACGACCCAUUUGCUCCUGGAACCUGUGAAUCAUUACCGCUUGAGGAAUAUGGUGAUAGUGUUGUGAAGUGUUGAGUGAUACGGAAAUGAUCAGUUUAGUUUUCAUAAAUCAGUGAUGAAAGAAAUUAAGUUAUAGUGGAAUUAAAUUCAAACAACUAAAACAUAACCUGCAGUGAUAGUAUUUUUAUUAUAAUUUAAAUUGUGAUCUACACAUUGGUUAUUUUACUUUGGGUUUUGUUAUUUAUCAAUAUUGCUGUCUGUAGGCUAUUAUGUGACAGUUAAUUCUCUGUCAUUUAACUCGAUCGCUGAAAAUAUUAAUGUUUAUUAUUAUUAAUGGAACGUUGCUAACAAAUUAACAUAGUUAACAGGCAAAAACAAUAUAAGUUAGGCAAUUCAUUUUGCUAAAAUUUUGAACCUGAACUUAUCUUAGUCGUCAUGUUUAAAAUAUAUAUUCUUCGCCUGUGCAGGUAGUUUUAUGUAAACAGUUUUAUAUGGGUAUUUUGUAUUAUCUCAUGUUAGGACUGUAAAAUUAUUUGUAUACCAAUAUAAUUCAUUCAUAUGAAUGAAUGGGCCUGAGGUAUGCCUCGGUGAGGCAGCCCUAUGUGGUUGUCAUGGCACCAGCUCUAACAGAAACAGGUCAACCUCAGGGUUUUCCUUUAAAAUCUGGAAAAUUAUCAUCACCUGUGUCUUUGAUUACAUUUAGUGAGAAUACUGAUAGUAAUUUGAAGUACGAUAUUAAAUGUACACGGAAUUUGAAGUUUUUAGACACCUCAGUGGGAAUGAAUGGUGAUUCUGAAAACAUUGCAGAACUAAAAACCGUACCGCCUCAAUCAAGUCCUUGUAAUGAUAAUACAAAAGACAAAGACAUUUUGAAUAAAAGUUGUGAGUUCUUUGAUCAGAAUAUUCCCAAAGAAUCUGAUUAUUCUUUACUACAAAUAGGAGGUUUUAUGAUGAAUAGCGGUUACCCUUCAGCAGAUGAUGAAAACAUGGGGUUGCAAAAGUCAAGUUCUCAGGUAACUAGUAUGGAUUCAUGUAAUAGUUAUUUAAAAAUGGAUAUUUUCAAAACCUUGGGUAGCAAUACUCAAAGUGACCUUGGAGGCGGUGGUGAUCUUGGACAUAAUGUGGAAGAAAUAAUGCAAGUAAUUAAAAAUAUGGAGUCUAAAGGAAAUGAUAUUGAAGAGAAUCUCGAAUCCAGCCUCCAAAUCAGUGAUGGGAAUGAUAUUGCAGGAAGUUUGUCAACAUUUGAAAGAGAAUUCUUAAAUGAUGUUGACAAUAUGAUGAGCAUGUGUGUAGAUGAAAACCUAGGUGAAAAUAAUUUAAGUAUUGUAAAUAGAGACACUUUGAUCAAAGAUAAAAUAGACGAAGCACAGGACAGACAGUUUAAAAUAGAAAGAAAAUGUGAGUGGCUUCUUCGUAGGUUACGUAAAUUACAAGCAAGGGCAAUGGGAAAGCAAGCAAGUGAAGAAAUAACAGGCAUGCUUCAAUAUGUGAGUAACAUUUUAACUGAUAGUAGCAGUUCUACCAGGUCGUCUCCACUUUAUUCAGCUUUAACUUCUGGAAAAAUUGAAAAUGAAAAGAGAGAAAUCAGUAAUUCCUGUGUUUCCACUUUGGUCAGAAGAUUGGAUCAAUCUUCUCAGCAGCAGGCUCUGGCCAUUUCCCAGCAUCAUGUACCAUGUAAAUAUUUUGGUUCUGGUUCGUCUGAGAUUGCUACAAGUAACAGACAGGGAUAUCUGGCGUUGUCAGGUUCGAUUUUACCAAAGCUUAACAGUGAUGUGCGGAAAGAAAUGGACAAUGUGUCAGGGCAGCUGCACUUUCAGUUGAAAGUUGUUGAAACUGGACUCGACUCAGAUGUAACUGCUAGCAGUUCUGGAGGAGAAAGUUGUGAUGAGUUGCAGAGCUUCAACAAUCUACAACAACAAAACCUAUCUAUCUCCAAACGUUCGUCGUGGAGAUGGGCCCAGGACAGAGCUGCAAUCGCCAGUCGCUGGUCAUGGCUUCAGGCACAAAUAUCUGAUCUCGAGUACCGUAUCAGGCAGAAUAAUGACCUGAAUAAACAAUUAAGGACAGGCAAAGGUGGUGUGGUGCUUGGUGGUGAUGAUCCUCCUAGAUUGAGUGAUAGUGUGGUGGUGAACGGAUAUCAUGGUGCGUUACCGGGAACAACCGCCAAGAGUGUGGAUGACGAAAUAGUGUACGGGAGUGCGUGUCGAACUAGGCCACUUAUGCGGAGUUCGUUCCGGAAACGGAAGCUGUUUCGUACGUCCGGUCUUCACCUGACCUCCAAGAAAAUAGCCAAAGCCUCAACUGUCCAUUGCGGUUGUCACCCACCCCUUCCUAGUUGUGUACUGUGUACUGGCCGCCCUGAUCCAACCCAGCCACACGAGGACAUAGACCUUCUAACCCUUAAUGAGAGGAUAGCACUGCUGGACCCUGCGUUCCAUCCAGUUCUUUCUUUCUUCGGUGAUAUCUCCCAAAGUCUUCACUUUGACGCCAUCAUGAAAAACCCUGAUUGGCAGCUGAAGGCCCAGAGGAACCAGGUGAAGACGUCAUCUACGCUGAGGAUCCUGGAACCUGUGGAGGAAGCUGGAACCACAGAGAUUGUCUCGAAAAGGCCACUGCUAGAACAGCGGAGGAGGUACUUCAAGCGAAGUGCCGUCACUGCGCUGUCUGACAAAAUAAAAAAGAAGUUGACUAAAGGGAAGAGAGAACCAAACAACUAUGCAUUGGAAAGGUUGAAGACGAGACGGAGAUUCUCUUCCCUCAAAGUUCCUGGAGCACCAGCAGGAGGGGAUGAUCGGGGAGACCAGAGACACUCGGGGGAUGAGAACCACACAGACACCUCACCCUAUAUGGUGGUGAGUGGGACCAGCCACCCAUCACCCAUCCCCUCACCCUCACCUUCACCACACUGCAGCAAGGAAAGAGGUGAUGGUGUCAGGAGGAAGAGGGAGAACUCGUACGACAUAGACAAUAUAGUAAUCCCUUACAGUGUGGCUGCCUCGACCCGGCUGGAGAAACUACAGUACAAAGAAAUACUUACACCAAAAUGGAGAGUUCUUCCUGUUGAUCCAUUGGUGAAGAUAGAUGCGAAGAACAACGGUUUAAUAAGAAGAAACAGCCAGGAAGAAGAUUCGGAGGAUCUAGCGGAGGAUGUAUUGGUCAGUCGACAUGAGAGGUGUGAACAAGAGGAGAAGAAGAAGUUCUCAACGUACCUGAAGUUGCCCAACAGCAUGGCUCGGGCUCGCAGCCAUCGCAGGGCUGACAGCAGAGCAGAGAGCAGCGGCGGGAACACUCCUGACCCGAUGUCUCCGGCUGCGCCAGACUGUGCAGGCUCGCCGAUGACGUCGCCUCCGGCCACGCCACAGCCAGCCGACGCAGACUGUAACGUACGGAGACGUACAGCCAGCCAGUCCAUCGGUUCACGCUGUGUAUCCCCCACAGACACUCUGCAUGAUGAGGUUGCACCCUAUGACCUCAGAACGUUCCCACUGACUGAUGAAAUAUAUGAAAAAAUGCUGAGAUUAAUGCCACCAGGUCAUCCUUUCAAGGCAUAUUCAAGUUCCCAUCUCAACUCCUCUCGUGACAGUGAAAGUGAAAGCCGGCCCCUUGACUCCUCUGUCGGACACAACGGAGUCUGCCGACACUUAUGUGGAAGAGGACCCAAAUGAUCCUGAGUGGACAGUUGAUGAGUCCUCUGUUGAACGACUGCCGUUCAAGAGGUAGAACUCCUCUGUACAGUUUCCCAUGUAAAUAUUUAGUGUACACUUUUUAUAAUUAUAAUUUCAUUUUUACACUUUCAAACAUGUUGAUACAAUUUAUGUUAAUGAAAAGUAAUGUGUGAAUAGUGUCAAAAUACUUGUAAUUAAAAUAAAAAUAUUUUAAUAGCAGAAAGUGUUAAGAUGGCUUAUUAUUUUUCUGUAGGCUGUGACUAUAUAACUUUGUUAUAUUUUGUAGCAAAUAGCGUAAGAAUUUGUGUAUAUUACAUCCAAACUAGUCCUAAAAAAUAACAGAUGAAAUGUGUUUUUAACUUUUAAAAUUUUUGCCUAAAAUCUUGUUAUCUACUAUACAUGAGAAAUUCAAUAGAGGCAGGUUUUUUGUUGAUUUAUUUUUAAGAUUUACCGAUCAAAAGUUAUACAUAAAUUAAACAACAAUUUUCAAAUUAUGUAAAUUCCUAAAAUUUAUUUUUAUUUUUGUCAGAUGUUAGUUUUUAUUUUGUAGAUAUUACUUUAAGUAAUAGUUUCAAUAAAAUUCAAAAUUGUAAUAAUAUUUGAAAGUGAGUUUUUGUACUCAUGUAAAACAUUUACCUUAAGGAAAAGUGAAGUUAAAAUAGUAGUUUUUACUUAUGACUACUCAAGCAUAAAUUUAUUUUUGUAAGCAAAUUUUGGUAUUAUGACAAAUUUUGUUGUUCCUUAAUAUUGCGUAGUUUAUUACUCUAGAAGAUGCAAACCUUUUUAUGUAGUCCAUUGUGUUUUCUCCAGUACUGCUUCAGAAAAAUAUUCUUUAUUUUAAAGAACACUCAAUUUUAAAUGUUAACUCACAAAAAAUUAUUUAAUACAAAAAUAUUUUGCUUAGAUAACUGCAGAGUUAUAAUACUGCAUAGGGAAACAUGAAGUGUGAAGGCACUAAACUAUAGAUCGGUAUUUGGCAGUACUGAGAUGGGUGAGAAGUUAAUGUCAUGAAGGAAACUGUUUGAUUUUGUAAACAAUAGAAGAUUUUUAAAACUAUUUUGUACUAUUCAAUAAAAUCUAAAGUUAAAGUGGUAUGGUUAUGUACUCUAUACACAUGUGUAUAUAUUAUACAGAUCUGUGAUAGCAGCUAUAUUAACAAUCUAAAGAUUUAUACACACAAAAUUACAGACUUAUUGAUCAUGGAAAAAAAUUUACAUUCAGUGCUUCAAGCUAUACUACAGGUUUCUGACGAAAAAGUUGUGAAUGUUGAAACAAACAGAUCCCCAGAUAUUUCUCUUAGAAUAAAAUUGCUAACAAUUUAAUGACAUGUUUAAGAUUGAUCCUUUUCAACUUAAAAAUAUUGUGUGAUGACAAAAGUUAUAGUUAAGGAAACCCUCCACCAACAACCACCAUUCUCCUCAUUCAUUUUCAGUUUUUUUAAUUCACCUCACAUUUUGUACCUAUGAAAAUUAUAUUUAAGUUGUACGAUACAAAUUAACCCAUUGAGGGAGUAAUUAGUCCUCAGCAGGCCAAGCCUGGUGGCAGCAACCUACUACAAAAUAUAAGAGUGAAAAUUCUUACUGCAAAUAUGAAGAAAAUUCUGAAGUAUAAAUAAGUGUUUAUAUUUUGACCUUUGCUGGCAAACAUCAACAUUAAAUUAGUUUCCCGUACAGGUUCUUAGUAAUGUGUAUCUGUUUCUCUUAUAACAACUUGUAAAACCAUAGAGAAUGAGCAAGAAUCACCUAAAUGUAUCACUGGCAAGUUACUUUUUGUAGGCUAUGUCAUAAAAAGCAAUGAUAUUUUAUUGGCUUCUUCAGUAUAAAAGAGAGCAGAGUUAAUAAAACCAAAUCUUUUACCUGGAGUCAAUAUUAGGAAUAUGUGACGGUAAUACUAUGCAGUAAUAUGUGCAGAUAAUGGCAACAUAUUAGAUUUUUUGCUUAAUUUAUGGCUUUUUAAUAUUUUUCCUUCCAGUAAAUUACAUUUUAAAAUAAUGUAAAAUCUGUUAUUGCUGCUAGGAGUUUAUAAAAAAAAUGUUUAAUUAUAUCAUUUAAUGUAUUUAUAAUUGCUGUUUCUUUCUGUUGUUCACUGGUAGAUAGCACACAACCAGAAGGUUUCAUAGCGGCAACAAAUUUUAGUUUUGGAUGACAUGCCUCCUCAUUGCACAUUACUAAAUCUAAAGUUUAAACUGCUUCUGCCCAACUAUUGUUUACUAAGAUCCUACAAUAAAUUAAACCACUUUUACUUUAAAAAAUUAAUGGAUUUCAUACAUUUUCCAUCGUAGAUAUAAAAUGCUAAAACAUUUCAAUUUUGAGACCUGAUAUGUGCUCUUUUCUUCAUGUCUACCUCCUUAAAACAUGAGUUACUUACCUAUUGCGUUAUUUUGGACUGACAAAUAAAGUAAUCUAUGCUUUUAAAUUUGUUUUUAUUGCUAUAAAUUUUUAUUCUAGCAUGAUUUGUGUAAUGUGAGCAAAACUGUGAAUGAAAUCUAGUAUUCAAGUUACAAAAAUUAUCUUUAAAAUAAAGUAUGUUUGAACUAGUUCAUCACAAGAUUUUUGAGGUAAAUUUUAUUUAAAAAGGGACCGAUUCAACAUAUUCUCUUGCAUCUUCUAACACUAACAUUGAUCUUUUAUAGGCAUUUGAACUGAAAAUUGUAUAUUCUCUCCCUCAGAUGGCAGUCUAUCUAUUAAUUAGCAGACAGACAAAUCAAAAUUUAACACAUUACUUAAUUCUUUAUUUGUGUAUAUAAACAUGUAUAUUUAUAAGUAUUGAAUAUUGAUGUAUAUGCACUACUGAUAAAAUUGAUUAAAAAUUGCUUUAUUCAAGUUCUCAAAAUGUAAAGAACUAUUUUGACCACAGAAGAGGACAUUAUGAGUAAGUUGUACUAAAUAUAAUUCAAAAAAUAUUCGUAAUAUUAGUUGUGUCUUCUACGGUUUUCAUAGAUGUAGACAAUACUUAACUUUUAAAACUCAAUUUGAGAAAUUAGCACCCAACUAAACUACACAUCAACGGAUCUGUUUUGUGUUUUAAUUUGAAACAUUGGCAGUUAUUGUUUGGUAGUAGAACACAGUGCAAUAAUUAGAGAGAUUGCAUUGUGUAGUAAAAACGAAUUUAUAUUUACCAAAUUGCAAUGUAGACCUCUUCAUAAUACAGUAACUAAUUUAUUAUAAUAAUUGAUGUUGAUUAUCAACCCCAGAUGUGUACAAAAUCAUAAUUUUGUUGUAUCUUAUGAUUUCUAUGUUUGUUGUCAAAAUUGUCUGAAAGUUUUACUUUUAAUUUAACUUACAAAGUAAAGAUCAUGCUACUAGUAUUCAAUAUGUACAUGCCUUGAUAUCUUCAUAAACUUGUGACUGAUUGAAAUAUUUAGAGCCAAGACUUAGAGUGUUUGUGCAGGUGGAUUAGUUCCUCUACUCAAAUUUGUUAAUUUGUGUUUUUUUUUGCCGAUUGGUUGUUUAAUCCAUUAAUAGUAUUAUUCUCAAUUGUUUUUUAAUUUAAGAAUCUACAGUCUCAUUACAUUCUGAUUUGCCAGUGAAUAUGACUGAAUCACUAGAUUUUACCUAGUGAUGUGUCAAAGCUGAAUCCUGAAUCUCGAGUCCACCUAUCUUUAACAAAAUUCGGAUUUGAGAAUCGAUCAACGGGAUUUAACAAUCGUAUUUGCAGAGAUUUACCAAGUCGUUAAUUAUCACCUGUGCAGUACCGAUAGUGCGUGAAUUACUGAUAGCUAAAAUAUGUUUUUGUUAUACUUUGUGAUAAAACAUUUUUGAUAUUAAAAAAACUCAUAAUUUUGUAAAUAACUUUUUACACUUCCGUAUUUAUAUACAAUUCAUCGCACGAGAGUCUCUCUGUGAUUAUACACACAGAUUAAAGGUGAUCAGCAGUACACAAAUUAAACUUGCAUAUUUUGUACUUGUGUAUGACGAAUCAUAGAUAGAUAAACUAAUCAACAAAGUAUAAUAGUUUUCUAAAAUACUAUUUUUGUGCAGUUUUAUAUUAAUGUUUGUACACUGCCUCAAGUCUAAUUUAACAGACUCACUAAUAUUUAUUUACCCUACAUUUUGUGUAGUUGUAUAAAUAUUUCUUAUUUAUAAAAUAUAUGUACUUUUAUGUCUUAAAUAUUUUUAGGCUGGAGUUGGUUUGAAAGUUAUCAAGCACAUAAAAUACAUUUUAUAAAUAAUGCAAAUAUGUCUAUAUUUUUUGCAUAUUAAUGGUAUGUAUUCUUAAAAGUCCAUGUUGUAAUUUGAGAAAUUAAAGUAGAAGGUGCAGGAUAUGACUUAUUUAUUAAAAUAUUUCCCUAAACCUCUUAAAAUUUCUUCGAAAUAAGAGUUCAGUUUAAAAAAUGUUAAUAAUCGGAUUUGUGAUUAUUAUAAAUAAAAAAAGCUAUUAGUAUUCAAAAUUCGGGGCUUGAUUUCUUAAGAAGUUAGGUUUGGAUUUGAGAUUCGAAAAUUCUGGAUUUGCCCAUCACUAUUUUUACCCUUAACUUAACAUAUACCUUAACAGAAUUCAGUAAUUUUAAGAUCAUAUAUUGCUGCUCUAAGAUUGUUAUACUUGUACACUUUUAGGGUUAAGUAUUGUAUUGCAUAGACUACUCGCCGUGAGAGGAGUAAAGAAACUGAUGGCAAGGCAAUUAUGUUUCCCAACCUCUAGCUGCAAUAAAACUGUGGCACUAGUUCAGUCUGUAUUAGCUGUUCUAGAACAUAACCAUUCAGUAUAUAAAAGUUUGCCUGUACAGAUGUUAAAGGUAGAAAUGUCUAAAUUGCCCCCAACACAAGCCAAUAAAUUGUCAGAUAAAGUUAAUGAACAAGUUAUUCUUAGUUACAAGAUAGUUUUAAAAAUGUUUCUUUUGAACUUAAUAUUCUGUAUAAGCUUAACAGAGUGCCACAAGAGGGAAACUUCCAAUUACUCCCCCUCUCACCCACAUAUUCAGUUUCCUCUCUUACUUCACGGCCUGUAACUAUUCAUCACCAGAUUGGUGUGAGAACAUAAUUUACAGUAUGGGGUAACAAUAGUGCUUUAAUGAGUUGUAUGGUGCUUUUGCUUUAAUUAAGUAUUUUUUUUAUUAACUGUUCAUUUCCAUUAAAAAACCUUGCCUCUGAAAACAAAGCUUUAAAAUAUUUUUUGUAAUUUUUGAGGUAUGAGUGUUAUAAAAUAACAGAAUGAUUUUAUUUAAAUGAGUGGGACAAAGUAUUUUAUUUUUUAAUUCUGAUCGAUUUGAUUAUAUUGUAAGAUUAAGGUCGCAGGCGAUAUCCUACAGGUUUAAGGCCAUGCACAUGGUAAAUAUGUUAUGAUUAAAAAAACAACCAACCAUUUAUAUAAUUUUUAUUCCCUGGGUGUUAUUGUUAUAUCCUAACAUUAAAACUCUGUUAAGUUUGUAAUGAUUGUACCAAUUUUCUGUGUUACGUAGAUCCUUAAAAUAUUGAUUACAUUUUUGUUAAUCCUUAGAAGUAUCUCUCUACAUUGAGAUGAUUCGAAUCAUGUGGUAAAAUUUUCGUAUAUUACCUACAUUUGGGUUUGAUAUAUAGCUGUCAUUCCAAAGUGUAUAUUUUGCAAAUAAAGAGAUUUCACCAUCAA